AAGAGAUAAUCAAAUUCAUUAAUGGCAGAGUCUUUCCCCAUGAAUGGUGGUAAUGGUGUAUAUAGCUACACCAAAAACUCCUUAUUGCAGAGAAAUGUUGCAGAUAAUGCAAAGUUGAUGGUGAGAGAGGCAAUUAUUGAAAAUCUUGAUAUACAAACCAAAACAUUUGUUAUUGUAGACAUGGGAUGUUCAGUUGGACCAAACACAUUUUUUGCAAUGCAAAAUGUAGUACAAGCCAUAAAACAUAAGUACCACUCUACAUGUUCUCAAAUCGAAUUUCAUGUUUUUUUCAACGAUCAUGUCACCAAUGAUUUCAACGUCCUGUUCGAAUCGCUCUUUUCCGAUCAUCAGAAGACAUAUUUUGCAGCUGCAAUACCCGGUUCUUUCUAUGGACGAUUGUUCCCCUCGCGCUCUAUUCAUGUCGCGUAUUCUUGUUACGCGUUACAAUGGUUGUCUAGGGUGCCAAAGGGGUUGAUAGAUAAGAAGAAUAAAGGAAGAAUUCACUAUGAUGGUGCUUCUAUUGAUGUGUGGAAUGCAUAUGUUGAUCAAUUUGAGAAAGAUAUGGAAGUGUUCUUGAGUGCAAGGGCAAAUGAGAUGGUUCAUGGAGGUUUAAUUGUUCUUGUUUUGCCAUCUAUUCCAAGUGAACAACAUUCCAAAAUUGGAUAUAGGAUAUUCACAUUUGUUGAGUCAAGUCUUAUUGAUAUGGUCAAUGAGGGAAUCGUAGAGGAAUCUCUAGUUGACUCAUUCAAUUUGCCAUUAUAUUUUCCCUCUGACGAAGACAUGACUAAAGUGGUGGAGAAAAAUGGAUGUUUUAGCAUAGAGAAAUUGGAAAUAACAUGUCUCCAAUGUAAUAUUGAUGCAAAAAGUUUUAUAAUUCAUAUAAGAGCUGGUUUUGAAGGAAUAUUUACCAAACAUUUUGGAAGUAAAAUUACAUAUGAAAUAUUUGAGAGGACUUUGGGAAAAAUUGAAGAGAUUGAGGCAUGGUUGGAAACUGAAUAUUACAAGACUACAAGGCAAUUGUUCAUGGUUUUGAAAUGUAAAAAAUUAAUUUUGUAAUAAAGUGGUUCAUAUUUAUAUAUAUUGGCUUUGAGACAUUCAUGACCUAUUUUAUAUUUAUGGACGAGAUAAGCAUCCAGUAUCCCUGAACUAUGAUCAAAGUUGCUAUGAUACACUUCAAUUUCACAGGGGUUCUAUUACCCAUCUGAACUCAAUUUUAGCUCAUUUUUGACA